GAAACAGUUUCCUGACAAAUGAAACAGCAAAAAACAGAGGUAGAGAAGUUUAGAAACAGCGAACAGUCCUUCAUAGGUCACUGAAGAGAGCAGCAGAGCUAUCAUGAUGGCCCUGCCCUUCCUGUCCUACGUCACCCUCUGUAUCAUCGGAUCUACCACCACCAUCUUCGCACUGCCGCCAACUGAGCCGCCACUGAUCCACGACCAUCCCUUUGUGGCCGUAUGGAAUGCCCCCACUGACCAGUGUCGACUGCUCGACAUCCCACUGGACACGGCAGCCUUCCAGGCGGUGACUACCCCCACUGCGGUGUCUGGGCAGUUCCUAACCAUCUUCUACGAAGACCGCCUCGGCCUCUAUCCUAAAGUCGACAUCGGCAAACGCAAGCGCUACAGAGGCGGAGUACCCCAAAAUGGGAACCUGACGGAGCAUCUGGCCAAGGCCCGGAGUCAAAUUGAUCACUUCAUCUCCCAGGAUUCCUCUCCUGGGCUGGCUGUCAUCGACUGGGAGUCCUGGCGCCCCCUAUGGGACCAGAACUGGGGAUCUAAACGUAUUUAUCAGAAGUUGUCCAUCACUCAUGCCCUGCAGAUAGCCCCGUUUUUAUCAUCAAAGAAAAUAUCCAACCUGGCAAAAAACCAGUUCCAGCAGGCCGGCCGGCGCUUCAUGGAGAAGACCAUCAGCCUCGGCAUCGGCGAGCGUCCAAGUCGCCGCUGGGGCUUCUAUCUGUUCCCUGAUUGCUUCAACUAUGGCUGGGACAAGCCUGGCUAUACAGGGAAGUGCUCCACCAGGACCCAGAAGCAGAACAACCAGAUGGUGUGGCUGUGGGAGCGAAGUACCGCCCUCUUCCCCUCCAUCUACCUCCACAAGACCCUGAGGAACUCCCCCAAGGCCACGCUCUACGUCCGCAACCGUGUCCAGGAGGCGCUGAGGGUUGCCAUGCUGCCUAAACGUCUAUACACGAUGCCUGUCUACGUCUACUCCAGGCCACUGUACCGGGACCAGACCGAGAAGUUCCAGAGCCAGGCUGACCUGGUGAGCACCAUAGGAGAGUCUGUAGCUCUGGGGGCUUCAGGGGUCGUAAUGUGGGGAGGAACCAAAGACUACAACAACAAGGCUGCCUGUCAGUCUCUGUCCGAGUACCUGACAUCCACCUUCAACCCAUACAUCGCCAACGUGACGGCAGCCGCCAUGCUCUGCAGCCAGGUCUUGUGCCAGGGCAAGGGGCGCUGCAUCAGGAAGAACUACGACUCUGGCCACUACCUGCACCUGAACCCCGUCAACUUCAGCAUUCUGCGGGCUGAGAGGAAGUACGUGGCCAUUGGUCGCCCCUCCGCCGCAGACCUAGACGCCUGGGCUGAAAACUUCACCUGUCAAUGCUACGCAGGGAGGAGCUGUUCACCCAGACUGCUGCACCCAACCACAAUCAAACUCAUCUGGGUUUAAUCUGUCAUACUGCACCUCCUGCUGACAAAAUGAAUUUACAACAGUUAAAAUUACUCUAUAAUUUGUUGAAAGUAUGCAUUACAUGAGCAAUCUCUGGGUUUAUUUUAAAAACAGGAACAUUUUAAGUGGAAAAAUAUUAUUAAAUUCAGACACAAUGUUGAUUUAUUUGAACUGAAAACUAAAUGGUACCUAAAUAAAUGCUUCUCUGCAAACAUU